AUGCCGGCCAAAUCACCCGCUCAAUCGCUGCUAGAGAAGGCAGAUAAGAAGGCCAACACAUCUACUGGCUGGUUCUCCUCGUCAUCUACUAAAUUCGAGGAGGCCGGCGAUCUGUACCAGCAGGCUGCUAAUGCGUUCAAGCUUGACAAGCUCUUCCGUGAGGCUGGAGAUGCUCACGCACGCGAGGCCGAGUGCAGGGAGAAGUGCAAGGAGAUGAACGAUGCUGCCAACGCUUGGUGGAAUGCUGCCAAAGCAUACAAGCGUGGUUUCCCCGACUUGGCUAUCCAGGCCUUGACCCAGACUAUCACAAUGCUUACGCAGGCGGGUCGCUUCCGCCAGGCGGCCGACCGCGAGAAGGAGAUUGCACAGAUCUAUCUGCAGGAGAUGCAUGACCUCCGACGAGCAUGCGAGGCCUUCGAGCGGGCCGGUGACUGGUAUGCCCAAGAGGAUGCAGCAGCUACCGCAAACGCAUGCUUCAAGGAUGCCGCCGACCUUCAUGCGGAGCUUGAGGAGUAUCCCAACGCCAUUGCCCGUUACGAACAGGUUGCGGAUCAUUCGCUCGGAUCGGCCUUGACCAAGUACAGUGUCAAGGAAUACUGGUUGCGGUCUGUUCUUUGCGGUCUUGCGAUGCGGGAUGUCAUUACUGUGCGAAGGAACUUGUCGCGCUACGCUACUCUUGAUACAACGUUCCCAUCGACCCGCGAAGCCAAGUUCUGCAACGCCCUUCUGGACGCUGUGGAGCAGCAUGAUGUUGAGCAGUACACUGCUGCUGUGUUCGACUUCGACCAAGUAUCGAAGCUUGAUAACUGGAAGACGGCCAUCCUUCUCAAGAUCAAGCGUGCCCUGGAGGCGGAGGACGAGGAUUUCACAUAA